AAUGUAUAGUGGAUAUAAUGAAAAUGAUAAAGUCAAUGAGUAUAAUGAAACAAGUAAAAUGACAGGUAGACAUAACGAAAUAAUAGAUAGAUAUGAAGAAAUAAAUAGUGGAAUAGAUAGAUAUGAUAAAAUGAAUAGUGGAAUGAAUAGUAUAACGGGUAGAUAUGAUGAAAUAAAUAGUGAAAUGAAUAAUAAUGAUGAAAUGAAUAGUAAAAUGAAUAAAAUCAGUGAAAUAGGUAGAUAUAAUAAAAUAGAUAAUGAAACAAAUAGACAAAAAAUAAAUAAAUUUAGUAAUGUGAGUGCUACAACAAAAAGUGAUAGUGAAAUAGAUGAAUUUAAUAAUGGAGGUGAGAGCGAAAUAGAUGAAUUUAAUAAUGAA